AUGACGCUGGAGUUUGAAAUGACAGACCUUGGUCUCAUGUCCUACUAUUUAGGAAUGGAAAUACAACAAAAAGGAAAUCAAAUUUUUGUUUCCCAGAAAGGUUAUGCAGAAAAGAUUCUUAAAAAUUUCAGGAUGGACAAUUGUCAGCCCACAAGUACUCCAAUUUCUUGUGGAACCAAGUUGUCUAAUUUUGAUGGCAGUGCCAAAAUCGAUCCAUCACUUUUUCGAAGUCUUGUUGGAAGCCUCAGAUAUCUAACAUGCACACGACCUGAUAUCCUUUAUGGCGUUGGUCUGAUCAGUAGAUAUAUGGAAACACCUACUAUCACUCACAUGAAAAUGGCGAAAAGGAUACUGCGUUACGUCAAAGGUACUCCUGAAUAUGGUCUGACUUAUUCUCCAUCUACACAUUUUAAACUUUAUGGAUAUAGCGAUAGCGAUUGGGGAGGAGAUGUUGAUGAUCGCAAGAGCACUACUGGGUUUAUAUUCUUCCUGGGAGACACUGCUUUCACCUGGUGCUCAAAGAAACAGCCUAUAGUGACUCUCUCCACUUGUGAAGUUGAGUAUGUUUCUGCUGCAUCAUCAGUUUGUCAUGCAAUAUGGUUGAGAAGAUUACUAAAGAUGAUUCACAUUCCUCAAGAAGAAGCAACACCCAUAUACGUUGAUAACAAGUCUGCCAUUGCGUUGGCAAAGAAUCCUGUUUUUCAUGAUCGCAGUAAACAUAUCGACACGAGAUAUCACUACAUAAGAGAAUGUGUUGAAAAGAAAGUAGUGGAGCUGACCUAUAUCAAGACAAAUGAUCAGAUUGCGGAUAUUUUCACAAAGCCGUUAAAAUUUGAAGAUUUUGUUAGACUGCGUGCUUGGAUUGGAGUUACAAAAAGAGAUCAAGUUUAA